UCCCAUAAUCCUUAGUUAAUUAAAUAUUUUAAAAAGCUACUUAAAACAAUUUAGACAAUAAGUUUUAAUUUUUAAAAAAAAACAAACAAUUAAACCAAAAAAAACAAAGAAAGAAUUUUCUCCCUUCUUCCCUCUUUCAACCAUUUUAGGCUUUUAACCUCCUUCAAACACCAUCCACCACCACCGCCAUAACCACCUUCUUCACCACAAACCCACUUUUCGUCGUCAUUUCUUCUUUCCAAUUCAUCACAUAAAUCUCCAUUUCAUCCAUCCUUAUUUGGUUCUUUUUAUCUUAUUUUUAUUGAACAGAAAAUGGAGCUCCGAUUUUGUUUCUUAGUUGCACUCACAAAGCAUACAAGAUCGUCACUGGUGAGAUCAGUCGAUUUGUGAGGAACCAGAAAGAAUUCUCCAGCAUUGAAGUAUAAGGUGAAUUAAACAAUAUUGUCCUUUUGAUUUUAAGAGCAUGCACAUGUACAGAGAUCUUGGUUCUUGUGAAUAUUGAGAAUCUGCAAGUUUACUCCAUUGUACUAAACGUUUAUGAUUUGGGUAUAAAUGUUUCGAAAAACUAGAUAACAGUUUGAUACAGUCGCGAUGCAAAAGACAAAGAAAAAAUGUCCGCAAUCAUCCCAAGAAGACUGGUUAGAAUACUUGGAUGCUUGUCUACCAGCGUUAGUAAUACCUAUUGGUUCUCGAUUCCAAGUGAAUGUGCCGGAAUGGAAGGGGGCGCCUAACGAAACGCGUGUAAAUGGUGAUUCAGAUACUUCAAAGUGGUCAGGUACCAGAAUCUGGCCACUUGAAAAUGAGAAUAAAGAUUCAGAAUUUGAAAUCGGAAAGGGAAGGCCUAGUUUUUGCGGUUGCUUUUCUCCCGGUACUCCAAUCUGUGUAAAGCUACACAUUUCCAAAGCGAAAACUAAGUUGCAAGCAGAACUUGGUCCCGCAUUUGAGAGUUGGAAAUUCAACGAGAUGGGUGAAUAUGUUGAGAGGUCUUGGAGCUCAAAGCAAAAGAAGAGAUUUGAUAGCCUCGUCAAGGCAAAUCCAGUGUCGAAAAACAAGAGUUUUCUGCAGCCAGCUAUGUCGGCCUUCCCAUCCAAGACCAGGAUGGAUAUCGCAAAUUAUUAUCUUAACGUGUAUAUUCCUAGGCGCAUUGGCAUGUUAACUCGGUCAGGAAGAAAAGUGCUCGAUAGCGAUGAUGAAGAAGUUGGCAAUGCCGAGAAUUCUCUCAAAAUAACUGUGCACGAUAGCGAUGAUAGUACAAAACUUGUGAAGCCACAUUACUUGACUGGCAGAAGAUGACACAAUAUACUCGGUUGGUAUCUUACUGAACUGCUCUUUUGAAGUUCCCUUGUAGUUCAGAAGAUUUCCUUUGUUCUUAUGUUCAUAAGUGUUACACAAAUCACAAAGGUGUUCUCAAAUAGAAGUAUCUGAUACUAGGAGUAGCAAAAUAUUUUGGCCUGAACUUUUGGUCACAUAUCUUGAUGGGGAUUUUGUUUUGAUUACCUUGAUUGAAUGUUUUUGUGCAUUAGUUAAAGAUCUAUGUUAUGUUUCCAAUUAUGAUGUAUAGUUGUAGAUGUUUGCAAUUAAACGUCAAUUAGAAACGGCAUCUUAUGAUAUUAUGAAGGUAAU